AUCGGCUACCGCGCGUUGCCUUUCCUCUUCUCGUUUCUAACAUGGGUGCAGGCAGCAGCUCCGAGCUUCCAAUGAGCCAGACGGACUUUGAUUCCUACACUGGCAAACGCUACACCGUCGAGGUGCCCAACACGCGCGAUGCCACCCACGGUCCUGCCUACACUGUGCCCGACAAAGACCCGAUCAACGAAGAGGAGAUGACACUGUACCACAACUUCCUCGCCGGCUGCAACAUCGAGAACGGCAACCGACCGCUCUACGGUCGCCGCGUCAUUGACCCUGACACAGGCAAAGCCGGAGCCUACGAGUGGCUCACGUACAGCCAGAUCAAGACGCGCAUGGAGCGCGUGGCCAGCGGCCUGAAGGCUGUGGGUCACUUGAAGCGUCAAGACAUGGUGGGGGUCUUCUCGAAGAAUCAACUCGAAUGGUGUCUAGUCUCCCACGCGUGCGACCGCAUGAGCUACGUGCUUGUGCCGCUGUACGACACGCUGGGACCCGAUGCAGUGCCCUUCAUCGUCAACCACACCGACUUGAGGGUUUUGUUCUGCGGCGAGAAGCAGUUCGAGGUAGUCCUGGACUGUGUAGCCGCCUGCCCUUCCUUAAAGAUCGUCAUUCAGUUCGAACCCGUCACGGAGAAGCAGCUGCAACAGGCCACAGAGAAGAACAUCGAGCUGCGGAGUCUCCACGAACUGGAGCUUCUGGGCGAGGCGGACCCGCAACCUGCCGACCCUCCACUGCCCACAGACGUGUCCACACUCUGCUAUACUUCCGGAACCACAGGAGACCCCAAGGGAGUCAUCUUACUGCAGAGGAACUACGCGUACGUGGUCCGACAGAUGUGCAACCGGAUGCACAUUCUCCCCACGGACGUGCACUGCUCGUAUCUGCCGCUAGCUCACGUGUUUGAGCGCGCUGUCUUGGGGGUUCUCCAGGCUCACGGCGCGUCUGCAGGCUUCUACCAGGGCGAUCUGCUUCUGCUCAUGGACGAUCUAGCGGAGCUCAAGCCGACAGUCUUCGUCUCAGCGCCGAGACUGUUUAACCGCGUCUAUGACAAGAUCACACAGGGAGUGGCAGCUGCCGGAGGACUCAAGAAGAUCCUGUUCGAUCGUGCGCUUGCAGCUAAACUCGCGGGCCUUCCUGACGGUCACAAGACCCACGCGUUGUGGGACGCUUUGGUGUUUUUCAAGGUUCGCUUGGCUCUUGGUGGGCGUGUGCGUCUCAUUUUCUCGGGCUCGGCGCCGCUGAGUGCGGAAGUGAAGGAGUUUAUGAAGGUUGUCUUCUGCUGUGACGUCGCCGAGGGCUACGGACUGAGCGAGACGGCUGCUGCUGUGGCUGUGGGUGGUGUUGACAUGCCCAUGGGGCCGCACGUUGGAGCGCCUCUCAUGUACGGACAAGUGCAGCUGGAGGACGUGCCUGAAAUGGGCUACACGAGUCACGACAAGCCUCGUCCACGAGGAGAGAUCUGUGUGCGCGGUCCUACGGUCUUCGCUGGGUACUACAAGGAGCCUGAGAAGACUCGAGAGGCUAUGGAUGACCGUGGGUGGUUCCACACAGGCGACAUUGGCUGCUGGAAUGCCGACGGUACACUCAGUAUCAUCGACCGGAAGAAGAACAUCUUCAAGUUGGCUCAAGGUGAGUAUGUCGCGGUAGAGAAGAUCGAGAACAUCUACGCCAAGAGCAAGUACGUGGCUCAGCUCUUCGCCUACGGUGACUCGCUUCAGAGUUGUCUGGUCGGUGUGCUGGUGCCUGAUCCAGAAGUGGCGCAGGCUUGGGCCAAGGAGCAUGGACUGAGUGGGGCGGAUGCUUCCAGUGCGAGGGUGGUGAACAGCCCAGAGUUCCAGAAGGCGGUACGUGCAGACAUGGCUCGAGUCGCCAAGGAGGCACAACUGCGCGGCUUUGAACUCGUCAAGAGCGUGCACUUCCACCCCGAGCCGUUCUCUCUGGAGCAAGGCCUGAUCACCCCCACGUUCAAACUCAAGCGCCCCCAACUCAAGGCUUUCUUCCAGCAGCAGAUCUAUAAACUCUACGAAGGACUCAAGUGAAGGAAACAAUUGGGGAGAGGAAGGCCAGUGCAUAUCUACGAAAUCCUAUCAGUAAAAAUAGUAAUCUGGUCUUGAACAUGAACUCUACCUGUAGAAAUAUA